AUGUCGUCCUUCAAUGCCUCCAAUGUCGAUCUGACCACGGCGAGCGAAGAAGAUGUCCUCUGUUACUUUGCCAUCAGCGAGAACGACUACAACGGCCAUCUCGGGGCCCGCAUCUCCUCCAUUUUUGUCAUCUUGAUCACGUCCACUCUCUUUACCCUCUUCCCCGUGUUUGCCACGCGGACCCCCCGGCUCAAGAUCCCCUAUCAGGUCUAUGUUUUCGCUCGUUACUUUGGUUCCGGCGUGAUCGUCGCCACGGCCUUCAUCCAUCUUCUCGACCCGGCCUACAAACGCAUCGGUCCAAAGACCUGCGUUGGCGUCUCGGGCCACUGGGCUGACUAUUCAUGGUGUGCCGCCAUCGUCCUGGUCUCGAUCACGGUGAUCUUCCUCCUGGACCUCGCGGCCGAGGUCUACGUCGAGCAGAAAUACGGCGUGCAACGCCAUGAAGACGCCGCUCAGAUGAUCGUCUCCUCCCCCCGUGCCCACGAAGACCUCUCCUCCGCCGAAAAGGCCGUCCAAUUCCAGGACAAGCACCCGGACCUCUGCCUCGGAGACACCUCAUCCGUGGCGUCCGAACGCGCCUUCAAACAGCAGUUCGCGGCCUUCCUGAUCCUCGAAUUCGGCAUCAUCUUCCACUCGGUCAUCAUCGGGCUGAACCUGGGCGUCACCGGGUCCGAGUUUGCCACCCUCUACCCCGUGCUGGUCUUCCACCAGUCCUUUGAGGGACUGGGCAUCGGCGCCCGCAUGUCCGCCCUGCACUUUGGGGACCGGCGCUGGCUGCCGUGGGUGCUCUGUCUGGCCUACGGACUGACCACGCCCGUGUCGAUCGCCAUUGGGCUGGGCGUGCGCACGUCGUACAACCCGGAUUCGAAGACGGCACUCAUCGUGCAGGGCGUGCUGGACGCUAUUUCGGCGGGAAUCCUGAUCUACAGUGCGUUGGUGGAAUUGCUGGCGCGGGACUUCCUGUUUGAUCCGGACCGGACGAAGCGCCGGUCGCAGUUGGUCGUGAUGGUGGGCUACACGUUGUUGGGAGCGGGGAUCAUGGCGUUGAUUGGGAAGUGGGCAUAG